UGUCCUCGCCGGCCACCGUAUGAUGUCGUGGCGUUUGCUGAUAUACACGGAGUUUCCCCUCUUACCCGCUCACCAUUAGCUGUGAUUUCUGGCUUAUUUAGUCUGAAUUUAUUUCCUUACACGUUACAUAAACCACCGGACAGUGUUACCUUAAGCGGUUCAAGAUGAGACGCGCCGGUUUGGGUGAAGGAGGUGCUGGGAAUUAUGUAGCAAGUGGAUACAGUGUGUAUGAAGAGGAAAAUGAACACCUACAGGAGGGACUGAGAGCUAAAGUCAGCGCUUUGAAAAGUCUGUCUAUCGACAUCGGAACGGAAGUGAAAUACCAGAAUAAAAUGCUGGAUGACAUGGACACAGACUUUGACUCAACAGGCGGCCUGCUUGGUGCCACCAUCGGCAGAGUCAAGCAGCUGUCCAGAGGCAGCCAGACCAAACUGCUGUGCUACAUGCUGCUCUUCUGCUUGUUUGUCUUCUUUGUCCUGUACUGGUUCAUCAAGCUGAGGUGAUAGGAGGACUCUGUUGGGACUUGGCCUCUGAACUCCACAUCUUCAUCCCCAGUCUGUGCCACACCCAUGCAUCUCAAAACUAGACCCACAUGAUGCUGAUGAGAAAAGGCAAGGAUUUGUUUUUAGGUGUCUCAGCUUUUCAUGUGCCCACGUCGUCUCUGAGUACUUCAUAGAAUGACCCCAAAACUGAAUCAGGAAAGGAAUCCUACUGAUGUAAUGUGAUGGAAUCCCUAAAAGUAAAACUCGGUCUGAGAUGACUGAGCAUGUGAUGUAGUGUAUAUAAGGACGUAGACACUGCCUGUAUAUGUAUACACACUUAUUAGCAGCCCAAUUUACCUAGAUGGAAAGAUGAGGCAUAAUAUUAAACAUUUAACAACUAUAGACGAUAUUACUGUGUCAAAAACUUUAUUCCAGUCGUGGGCACAUUAUAUGAUAAUGUGGGAGUGAUGAAAUGGCAAUCAGUCGAUACAGACCAAGUUGGGUUAAAACUGAUUAAGUUAUAUAAUGCUAGUUCAAGCUAAUAAUUCAGUGUGUUAUUACAGCAUUUGGCAUUCAUACAAAAUUAUAGCAGUGUCUACAUUGUUUGAUCUUCGUUGUAAAAAAUGUUUUUUAAUGUAAAUAAACAAAUUUUAUGCUCUGAA